AUGGACUUCUUCACAAAAUACGAAGACGAAUCCGACGUUGAGCUCUCCAAUGAUCUCAACGAAGAUAGGGAUGUUCUCAAGAAAGGAAGACAGCCAAUAGGUCUUUCUAGAAACUACGUCCCCGACUUGGAUUCACGAGACGCUUUCAGAGAAUUCUACCAGAACUGGAUGGAUGGCAUGAUUCAAACCCAGAAGGUGGUACGGGAGGAUAUCAACAUCAAGAUGAAAGAAACCCCCAUCGACUGGGCUGCAACUGCUCAUCGACCAGUUUCGGGAGAGAUGCUAGGCUUCAUUCGAUUCCACAAACGCCAUCUGUACUGCCAUCUCACCCCUAUGUCAGAUAAUCAAAUCACCAAGCGCAUGCUAGAAGACUCAACGAGAAAAAUGAACGGCGAAGAGAGAGACCUCAAGGGCAACAUCUGGGAAGAUGUCACGGUCAAAAUUGGCAAGGUGUAUAACUCGAAGGGAAGAGAAAUUGAGUUCGACGGAUUCAAAAAUUGGAUGGAAGUCUCUUUCGAUUUAUAUCGACCAAGUCGGGUAUUAAAGACAGCAAAUGGCGAUUUGGUUAUGGAUAAAGGCUUUGGUGGCAGGAUGUACCUGAAAGGUCUGUUCCUCAGCUGCAACCAUGGAACGAGGACUCUCAAGUUCGGUUACAAUUUCUACCAAGGGGAUGUAAACCGAGAUCGACAACAUAUGUCGGAUUUACGGAGACAAGCGUCCACCUUGGCAUUGAUAUGGGCAGAAUCCAUCAAAAAAGGAGAUCAUGGAGCCCUUGCAGAAUACACCAAAAUGCUCAGAGAGGAAGACGCAAAGCGAUGGGCCGAUGUCAAUCUUUCCAGCGAAUACAUGACGAAAGAUACUGCCACAGUGGUAUGGAAAGCCAUAAUGGAGGGUGAACUUUCUUCCACUAUGUUCUUCUAUAACAAGAAGACCGAAGCACAAGAUGUUAAGACCAUAUCAAAGUGCCUGAACAAGACACCCGUCCCUCUACCCAACUCCCUAUGGGAGCCACUGAAAAAAUACAGUCUUGUGAGAACACCAGACGAACAGAGGCAUCACAAGUUGUCCAACGCAUCGCCUUCCGACCUGGCACAAUCACCAUAUUCCGAGGCAAUCAACAGGUCAUUGAAAGCAAUUUUAGCACUGGACGACAGAACCAAAGAUCUCACAAUAGUUUUCAAAAGCGGAGAACAGGCCGAUCUCGACUUGUUAUUUGAAGGAUCAAAUCUCUUGAUUAACGACAAGUGGUUGGACUUUCAGAGAAGUCACUCCAAGGCACCAUGCUGGCUUUCUCGGCACGGAGUCAAAAGCUACAAGAUGCCUUGUGAUCAUAUUGUUACCAGACUUCACGACCUGAUUCUUCAUGAAUUGACGAAAGGCCCAGUGUCUCAACUUGACAAAUCCACCGAGUCAAAAGCCACUUUGCGAUUGAAGGUUAGCGACAGCCUUCGCCAAAUGCCACGCAUGAUUGAGAUUUCUCAAGGUCUAAAGCCUCGCGAAUUGAUUGUCACGUGGACAAUGCUAGAAAGAGACUUGGUCUUCAAAAUGUAUGGCUUUGAUUUGCGUUGUCAAGUCACUCUGCAUCGAGAGAGCACAUGCAGCGACAAGAAAAUGGACAUCUUGUUCUACAUUGGUGAGACCUCUACUCAUUCUUUUCGUGAUGCUGUGGUAUCGGAGAAGCGAAAAAGAGGGCAGUGUGCUAACUUGAAAGCAGAAACUUUGAAGGAGGACGAUGCUGGUUUGCCCAAAGAGGAUAAAGGCAUUGCUGAAUGCGGCUGCUCUUAUCAAAUCGUUUCUCAAGGUGACUCUGGAAUACUCUUCCAGGGACUUGAUCCUGAAGAGGCCUACUUCCCCAUGGUAGCUAGAGACUACGAACAAGCUUUCUUCGGCUUUCCCCCUGAAGCCAUACGACCAGCAGCGCCUCAGUCAGCAGCUCAGCCAGUGUCUGUUUCUAAGAACGUCUCAGCUGAGAAUUCGAUGCCAGCUCCAGCAGCUUCUCAUCGCAGUGACGCUGCCAGUGAUCAUGCUGACGGUGCGACAAAUGACACUGCUCGCACGUCGAACUUUGGCGAUGAGAAACAAGGAGAGGAAUCGUCAUUAAUGGUAGACAAUGAUAACAGCCAGGAGAGGCAAAGUUUAGGAGAUGAGCCAACUGCUUCUAUCCAAAAUUCUAAACAAGAGAUAUCCAAGAAGUUGAUGUCUGAAUUGAGGUCUGCAUUGGCGAAACUAAAAGUCAAAGAAGAUAUGUCAAAUUCUACAGCACGCAAAUUGCAAGUUAAGGAGCAAGAACUGGCUGCUGCUUUAGAGUCGCUGGAGAAUAAAGAAUUGGAACUUCGCCAGGCUAAAGCUGACAGCGACGCACAAAAGCAACGGCUGGAGAGUACCAUCGAAGAUUUGGAGGGGGAGAUUCAGCAAUUACAAGAGACUCAAACCGAAACCGAAACUCAGGGCACUGAACUCUCCGGCACAAUCGAAAAUCUACGAACUGAGCUCGAGCAGCUUCGAGCAGAAAAGAACGAGAUAGAAUCUCAAGUUCAGCAGCGCAUCGAUGCCGAAAUGUCCGCCGCUGGCCGCAUUGGCCAAGGUGCAGCCGAGGAAGUACAACAAGCAGGAGAAGAGCAGAUGGCGAACGAGAACCAGACAGGCGAAUCCGUUGCUGAGAUGCGAGAGCAACUGCUUGAAUUCCAAGCAUCAAACGAAGUACUUGAAAUCCAAGCUGGCCACGCCCGAGAACUUCAAGCAUCAAACGAAGCACUCAAGAUCCAAGUUGACCAAGCACGGGCAGAUCAUGCGUCAAUUAUGACAACUCUUCGAGGUGUCUCAGGCAUGAUUCAAGGAGUCUUAGGUCUAGGAAGCAAAGAAAUGAUGGUGGCGACUCUCCAAAGUGUGUUGGGAAUGCUCCGAGGAGUCCUUAAUCUGGAUACCAGAGUGUCAAACCCAGCUAGCGGAACAAAGCAUACGAGAGUUAGGGAGGAAGAUGAUGACGGAGGUGAUCUUGCUAAUGUUCCCAAGCGCUUCAGACAAGCGGAGCACGCCGACUUGACUGAAGAGCUUUGA